UUGGAAAUCAUCGCUGUCGUCAUCGUUCUCUGAACUUCACCGCCGAACUCACAAUCGCUGACCAACACCGUUCAGGCGAUGAAGAUGCGCCGUCACGACCUCCCUCAGCUCUUGGUCAUCAAUCCGCCGGGGCUCUUCGACUACGGGGACCCGUUCGCCGCCAAAUUCACCGUCCUCAGGGCUUGGGAGUCCCCGCUCCCCCUCCCCCGCUUCCUCUCCGCCCACGCCCAGUCCGCCCCCGCCCUGCUCUGCUCCGCCGCCACCCGGGUCACCGCCGGCCUCCUCGACCUCCUCCCCUCCCUCCGCAUCAUCGUCACCACCAGCGCCGGCCUCAACCACAUCGACGUCCCCGAGUGCCGCCGCCGCGGCAUCGCCGUCGCCAACGCCGGCGAGGUCUUCUCCGAUGACGUCGCCGACGCGGCCGUCGGGCUGGCGCUCGACGUGCUCCGGAGGGUCUCGGCCGCCGAUCGGUUCGUGCGGCGAGGGCUUUGGGCUAAGGAUGGGGACUUCGCUCUCGGGUCGAAGCAGUUGGUAGGCAAGCGAGUCGGUAUUGUUGGACUUGGCAGCAUCGGGCUACAAGUUGCAAAAAGGCUCGAGGCUUUUGGCUGUCCUGUAUCUUACAACUCUAGGACAAAGAAGCCAUCUGUUUCAUAUACCUUUUACGCAAAUGUUUAUGAACUCGCAGCUAACAGUGACAUUCUCAUAAUCUGCUGUGCCCUAACUGAGCAGACUCGCCAUAUGAUUGGUAAGUCGGUCCUUUUGGCUCUAGGGAAAGACGGAAUCAUCAUCAAUGUUGGCCGUGGUGCCAUUAUCGAUGAGAAAGAAUUGGUUCAGAGUUUAGUGUGGGGAGAAAUCAGAGGUUCUGGUUUAGACGUGUUUGAGAAUGAGCCCAAUGUUCCUGAAGAAUUGCUCUCGCUGGAUAAUGUCGUCCUAUCACCGCAUGUAGCCGCCUUCACCGAGGAAUCUUUCCAGGAUUUAACUGAACUUAUGAUUGCAAAUUUGGAAGCUUUCUUCUCAAAUAAACCAUUAAUUACACCGGUCAUGGACAAACAAUGAAGGACCUAGUUUGAGGUGUCUUGUUUACCUUCAACUGCGUUCCCGGCGCAUUAGAAUUUUCAUCUCAUUCUAGACUACUCGUUCUGGAUGUUAACUGUAUAUUCCCACUGUCCUCUGUAAAAUUCGCCCAUGUAAGUGCAUGAUUCGGAUGUCUAGUGUGUAGAAUUUUCCAUUA